AUGGCGGCGGCGGAUGGGAAUGCAGCAGGAGGGGCAAGGGCAUUGCCCGGCGCCGGACUCGCGCCGUCGCCGUGCUGCAGGCAGAGGAGGACUACGGCCAUGGGCGGGUACGAGCUCGUCAGGAGCGACGACGCGGCGCCGGGCGCCCCGGGAACCGAUCUCGAGUCCGGCGCCAGCGCCGGCAAGGCGUCGCCGUCGCCGUCGUCGCCCGCUGCACGGCAGCCGCGCCUCGUCUCCCUCGACGUCUUCCGCGGGAUAACCGUCCUGCUUAUGAUUAUUGUUGACGAUGCUGGAGGCUUCCUCCCAGCACUGAACCACUCUCCUUGGGAUGGCGUAACAAUAGCUGAUUUCGUCAUGCCGUUCUUCCUUUUCAUAGUUGGAGUCUCACUAACACUAGCGUACAAGCGGGUGCCAGAUAAACUGGAGGCAACUAAAAAGGCACUACUUCGUGCCCUCAAGUUGUUCUGUCUUGGUCUUGUUCUCCAAGGUGGGUUUUUUCAUGGUGUCCACAGUCUCACAUUUGGUGUUGAUCUAACGAAAAUUCGGUUGAUGGGCAUACUUCAGAGGAUUGCAAUAGCCUAUCUCCUGGCUGCAAUAUGUGAAAUCUGGCUCAAGGGAAAUGACGAUGUAGAUUCUGGAUAUGGUUUACUAAGGAGAUACCGCUACCAACUAUUUGUAGGAUUGGUCCUCUCUAUAGCGUAUACUAUUCUUUUGUACGGUAUAUAUGUUCCAGACUGGGAGUACCAGAUAUCAGGCCCUGGUUCAGAGAAGUCAUUCUCUGUGAAAUGUGGAGUGAGAGGAGACACAGGACCAGCUUGCAAUGCAGUUGGAAUGGUUGACCGUACAAUUCUAGGGAUCGAUCACCUCUAUAGACGGCCAGUUUAUGCACGCACAAAGGAAUGUAGUAUAAAUUAUCCAGAGAAUGGACCUCUUCCACCUGAUGCUCCAUCAUGGUGCCAGGCACCAUUUGAUCCUGAAGGCCUCCUCAGCUCCGUUAUGGCAAUUGUCACUUGCUUGAUUGGGCUUCAGUUUGGGCAUAUAAUUAUACACUUUGAGAAACACAGAGGAAGAAUAACCAAUUGGCUGAUCCCUUCCUUCAGCAUGUUAGCUGUAGCCUUCUUAAUGGACUUUGUUGGAAUGCGCAUGAAUAAACCGCUAUACACGAUAAGCUACACUUUGGCUACUGCUGGUGCUGCGGGUCUUCUUUUCGCUGGAAUUUAUGCUCUUGUGGAUUUGUACGGGUUCAGAAAACCUACCAUUCCCAUGGAGUGGAUGGGGAAGCACGCCCUGAUGAUAUAUGUCCUGGUGGCAUGCAACAUCCUGCCCAUGUUCAUCCGUGGCUUCUACUGGAGGGACCCCAACAACAGCCUUCUCAAAGUCAUUGGUAUCGGGGCGUGA